AUGGGAAGUCAGGCAAGUAUAGCACACCAGCUAGCUGGAUUGCCAGGGAGCGAUUGGGGUGCACUUGCGCGGCACUAUCCACCCCCAUUGUUGCCGACCCCCGCACACUUUACUCCACAUGUACUAUCACCUGCGCAUACGCAACCACAACACGUACCCGCUCCACCCCAUGAAACUGACGUGAAUUCGGAUAAUCCCAUAACAAUGCGUGCACACAGCACGACGAGUCCAGCAACUUCGCGUCCAAGUUCACCACAUGACGAUGACGACAUAUCGGUUACUGCAUCUAGCAGUCCACCUCCUGAUGAACGUCCUGGUGCUUUUACUUCAGUCACGAGGCCAAGAAAACCCCUUCAGCCUCUACCGGCACCAUCAAGCUUAUUCCACAGCGCUUUGGCAGCACAACUCUUUCUCAAUUCCCCUUUACUACCAAGUCCACCUGCGUGGCUGUAUUCACAGCUAUACGGUGGAUAUGACUGGUGGCUUCGACCACCACCUGCUCAAGAAGAUUCAAACCAUUCAAGUCCCGAAAGAGAAGAGGAAAAUUCAUCAACAUCAGGGACGGGGAAAAAACGACCAGCAUCACCUGAAUGGACAGAACAAGGCGUACGAACUCGAAGCAAGUCCCUUUUAACGUCAGAAAGACGGCCUGUCGAUGUUUGGCGUCCUUACUAG